CGUAUGUUGCCGUACGGAUCUCUAUUGUCUCUAGUUUUCGUGAUUGAUGGUUAAGGUUAAUUGUUGCAUCAUUCAUCAUUUCGUAUUGUGCGGUGAUUAAUACUGUUACACAUCAUUUCACAUCGUACGAAAUAUAUUGUACUAUUUGUCGGCAAAAAUAUUGUUCCUUGAAUUUAUUUGGAGUUUGUCCUAUAUACACUUUCAAAAUAAAUCUUUGUGUAAAGAAAGCUCUAUUUUAAUUAAAUUAGAUGUAAACAUGGGCAGAAAAUACACUAAUAAAGCCCAUAAACAUUUUACUUAUAAUAAAACAGAAGAUACGUCACAUUGUACUAUUUGUAAAACAUCACUAAAGGGUAAUCACGGUACAAAUUUGAAAAAACAUUUAAUGCGUAAUCAUGAAUUCAAAGAAGAUUAUUUUACUGAAGUUACUUUAAUAAAUAAAUCAAAUAAGUGUAAGGAAGUCACUAAUAUAUUGCAAAAUCAGAGAAAAAUACAACAGCAAAUAAACGAGAUGAAUGCAAUAAAAUUAAAUAUAACGAGAAAAGACCUCGAAAAUAAUUGCAUAGAGUUGGUGACAGUAAAUGGAAGACCAUUCAGUAUUUUGGACGAUUCCGGAUUUCAAAAUAUUGUAAAUCCAAUUAAGUGUGCAAUAGAAGAAAAGAAUAAACAGAAAUUCUCUAUUUCGUCAGAAUCUAUACAAAAAAAA